CCCGUUCCAGAAGGCUGGCAUCUGUUGCUAGACUGAUGAUGGACGAGGCUGAUUGAUUGAUCGAUUGAUUGCACCUGAGAUCUCCGUGCGUUAGUCCUGAAGACGGGAGGACCCUCCGCUGUGGAAGGCAACUCGGAAGACGCUCGACGACGAGGGAGGUGAAGGUGGUCGUGACGUCGGUGAGGAGAGCACCACUCCAGCAAUCUGUCCGUCCGACUGCGGCAAUGGCGAUGCUGCUGCUGCUCCUGCCGCUGGUCCUCCAGCUGGCCGCCCAGGGAGCCGCCACCACUUGUCCGCCGCCCGGAACGGUGAAGAUUGCUGCGCUCAGCUAUGCAGGCAGCGGCUGUCCUCCCGGGACUGCUGUCGGCGACAUCUCCAACGACGGGAAGGCGCUGACGGUCAUGUACAGCAAGUACAUCGCUACCACGGACAAAUUGCUGGCGGAUCGCAAACGGACCUGCAUCGUAACGGUCAGUCUGAGCUAUCCCAGAGGAUUCAUCGUCUCGGUGGGAACGGUCACAAUGCGCGGGUACGUGAAGCUCGAUGCGGGCGCCGUGGCGACCAUUCAGACAUGGUACUACUUCUCCGGGUUUCCAGGGACGGCUCGCUUCGUGCGCAAGUUCACAGGAGCGCUCGAGAAGAACUUCGAAGUCACGGACCAGUUCCUCACCCUGGUUUACAGCACGUGCGGCGCGGACAGGAACCUCAUUCUCGCCUCGGAAGCCCGGGUGGCCCCCGGCCCCGGGUAUCCGGCCAAGGGUAACGGAAUUGUUGGAAUUGACUCUCAGGAUUUCUCCUUCCGCCAAGUCUGGAAUCUCGUCUGGGGGACAUGCUAAGCCAUGGCGGACAUGAGCUAGUCUGGGAGGCGGCAAAGUAGGAGGGGAGGGAAGGGGCGGUUGGGGGGCGACAGGUAGUGGGAAAGGUGAGUCUAGGGUCCGAGAGACUGGUCGGAGGCAGUUGGAGAGGCCGUCCGAUUAGGAGUGAGUGGGGGCGCGUCGCGAGCUUCUUAGUGUCGCGAGUGUCUCGAAGUAGUCCACUGGCAGAGCCCUCCUAUGAUGCCGGCAAUUUGGACCGGAGAGUGGGACACGUAGCUCCGUACGAGGCGUAAGGUCAUACACGUGAUUCGGUCUUGAUUCUGUUCAGGACGGGGAGUUGUGUGGGUCUUGUAGGCAGAAGGCGCAUCACACAGAAGUUAUGACAGACGUGAUUUGCGGCUCAGAUAAACCGGUUGUAUUAAAGUCAGUCUGUCUGUAGAAGCUUAACGAUGAU